AUGGAAACUCUGCACAACAUGUCUCCUAUGGUCAAUUUCUCGCAAGCGUCCUCCUUCUCCCAGUUGCCCGACGAAGACUUUUUGGCGUUGCUGCAGAAAGAGUUUCCCAAUGGCUCGUAUGAUUUCAGUAGUAUAAACCCACAGAAUAUCCUCAACUAUCCGCUGCCGACGCUCACACCGCCUUCAGAGGACAGCAGUCCAAGUCCACCGAGCACGAACAACGAUUCGAAUAGCCCGACGCAAGCAGACGACGAGGGGGCAGAUCAGGCUCUGAAACGCAAGGCCAGUGAUGAGGAUCUUGAAGAGGGGCCAAGCCAAAAGAACCAGCAUACACUUUCCAACAAAAAGGGCGCCGCGACAACCACACGGCGCAAGUCGUCGGGGUCAGCGCCGCCCAAGGAUGAAUCAAGGUUGAUGAAGCGUAAGGAACAGAAUCGGGCAGCACAGAGAGCGUUCCGUGAGCGCAAAGAGAAACAUGUCAAGGAUCUCGAAGAUAAGGUGGCCGCUUUGGAAGCAAAGAACGAGCAAACGCAAUCAGAGAAUGAGAAUUUGAAGGAUCUUCUCUCCCGCCUCCAAUCCGAGAAUGUUCUGCUUCGGUCGUCGACUUUCACAUUUACGAUGCCAAAGGCUGCUAUCGAAGGCACUCCUUUCAAUCAAACAUCUACGACAGACGCCCAUAUGCCCAUGUACAGUUCUUCUUCCAAUGGACCAUCGGCCGCUGUAUCACCAGCCGCUUCGUCAUCCAGUGCUUCACCUAAGCCCAGUUUCCCUUCAACAAUCGAUUGGAACGCAUUGACUACAUUCGAUCCGUCUAUGCUCACUGUCCCUGAUGAAGCCCCGCAAUCUAUGAGCUCCGAUAGUUCAAUUUUCAACUUCGGUGACAGUUCCAGCGCCUGCAAUACGCCUUACACUACCAUUGCUAGCAACCCAACGUUCAUGUCCUAUGCUUCCAUGUUCGACAGCACGCCCACUUCUGCCACUACUGAGACUUCCUCAUUCACAUACGACAUGUCAAGUGUAAUGUCGACUUGGAGUCCUCCACCACCGACGAAUGACACCAACUCUCUCGAUGAUCUGUUUGGAGGCAUGCUCAGCUCGCCGCCUUCGACGCUGGAUUUCAACGUCUUGCUGAGCCAUUCACCGUCAUUAAGCCCUAUCUCGCACCACACCAGCGUCAGUGGGCGCUCUACGGGGGACUCUCCUCCAUCAAAUAAGGAUUCACCAUCGGAUGGCAACACUGCUCAAACAGAGAAACAUGGUGAAGGAUGCCCCAAGACGAAGGCAGACCUAGCCCAAGUCAUCAAGAAGCAUGGAGAAUCACCGUUUGCCCCAUCGUCAUUGACAACCGACGCUAUACGGGAUGUCUCGCCGUUUGCUCCCUCAUCGUUGUCCACUGUGCGGAAGAGCUCUGACGCCGCACAUAAUCCAAUGGUCGCAUGCCAAGGCUCAUCCUUCCCUAAAGUUGACAAGAGCGCUGACAACAUCGAAGUCCUGAGCGCUUGGAAGACAAUAAGAUCACAUCCCCAAUUUCAAGACGCUGAUAUCAAUGAUCUAUGUUCCCAGUUUGCGAGUAAAGCGCGUUGCGACGGUACAAAGGUAGUUCUGGAACCUCAAGGUGUGCAUACUAUCAUUGAGUCGUUGAAGUCCAAGGCGCUGUAG